AUGCCGAAUUCCAUCAAUCUCUUCCCACUCUACCAAACUCUACGUCAAGCUUUGAUCAACCACAACCAGAAAGGUCAGAACCAAUUCGUAUUUGUUUGCAAGCCGCCAGACAAUCGUCCCUUGUCUGCUAUGUUUCCAAAUAAUUUUUCGGUAACUGAAGACUCUUCGGCUAUUGCAUCAGCAAUAAACGACUUGGUGCAAGCAAUACAAGGUUCAGAACAAGCGCCGAAUGUGGCUUCGACUAGUUCAUUGAAUGAGCAGACAAUAUCCACAAGCCCAACUUUAGACAUUGCUGACCCGGAAACCGGUGAAAUUCCAUGUAAUUCAAAUGAGGAAUCAAAUAAUAUUCUUUUUUGUCAUUUCAAAAGUCGCCGAAACAGGAAAGUCCGAGCACGCGAGAAGAAUGAAGUAAAACAGUUCCCUCCACUUACGGAGGGAACUUCUGAGUUCAAGGAAAGAUUUGAGGAAGCUAAGCAACAUUUUAGUACUAGCGUGGUCUAUUUAGAUCCGUUCUUCUGCAACCGGGCAAACCUCUUCAAUCCACGGGUCACGAAUUCUAUCCCUCAGAAAGUUGGCAUGAUGAUGAUAAAUGCGAAAACUCUGUACUGGUUCUGGAGAAGAUCAACUGCAAUUGGAUUUGAAAGAAAAACAUUAGACAAGGAAUGGGAAGAUAUCAAGAAAGAGAAGGGAACCGUCUACUGGGAAUGGAUCGGACGAGAGAUUCAACUCCAUGAUGAGUUUGUCGUUCAACUGCGGAAAGGAUUCAUCCGCGCCGAUUCUCUGAAAUAG